GGAAGUCCUUUGUUGCAGCGCAGUCCCUGGCAGAGCAGGAGCCGAGCUCGGGUAGCAGCCGGAGCCUAGGGCGCCUUCGCCGCUGCCGCUGCCGGGCUUCCUUUUUACCUUCGCCCUUUCGCCUUUCCCCGCUCCGCCACCCCCAGCUUUGCCUUAAAAGUCCCCGAGGCUCCCCCCUGAACCCCAGGUCCGGCGGUGGCCGGUCCAUAAUUAAAGUAGAAGAUGGCAAGACCCAGCCACAGCAGCUAUGUCCUUCAGCAGCUAAACAACCAAAGGGAAUGGGGUUUUCUCUGUGACUGUUGUAUUGCAAUUGAUGACAUUUAUUUUCAAGCUCACAAAGCAGUUCUAGCUGCUUGCAGCUCUUAUUUUAGGAUGUUUUUCAUGAACCAUCAGCACACCACUGCACAACUGAAUCUUAGCAACAUGAAAAUUAGUGCUGAAUGCUUUGAUCUAAUUUUGCAGUUUAUGUAUUUAGGAAAAAUUAUGACAGCCCCUGCCAACUUUGAACAGUUUAAAGUGGCAAUGAACUACUUACAGUUAUACAAUGUUCCUGACUGUUUAGAAGACAUACAGGAUGCAGACUGUUCUAGUUCAAAAUGUUCAUCUUCUGCUUCCAGCAAUCACAAUAACAAAAUGAUAUUUGGGGUACGAAUGUAUGAUGACACCAUAGCUAAAAAUGGCAGUGAAGCAAACAGGUGGUGUGUAGAGCCGAGUUCAACAGUAAAUACAUCACAAAACAAAGAGCCUGAUGAAGAGUCUUUACAGUUAGGCACCUUUCCAGAACAAUUGUUUGAUGUAUGUAAAAAAAGCUCUGUGUCCAAAUUAUCUAACCCAAAGGAUCGUGUGUCACGGCGCUUUGGAAGGAGCUUUACCUGUGACAGUUGCGGGUUUGGUUUUAGCUGUGAAAAGUUAUUAGAUGAGCAUGUGUUAACCUGCACUAAUAGACAUUCAUAUCAAAACGCAAGGGCAUAUCAUAGGAUAAUAGAUGUUAGAGAUGGAAAAGACAGUAAUACCAAAACUGACUCCUGUGAAAAGGAUUCUUCUAAAACAUUUUCUGUACAAAUAGACAAAUACAGAAGCGACACAAGCCAGGCCACCAGUGAUUCAUCAUCAGCCACUGGAAACAGAAAAGGCAGUACAGCAGAGUCUGAAGUAGCCGGUGAAGAGAAGAGCAGAGCUGCUGAGAGGAAAAGGAUUAUCAUCAAGAUGGAGCCAGAAGAUCAUCCUAAAGAUGAAUUUAAAGACUUCAAUGUUAUUAAAGUUUCUGAUAAAGAUUGUAAUGAAUCCACUGACAAUGAUGAAUUAGAAGAUGAACCUGAAGAGCCAUUUUAUAGAUAUUAUAUUGAAGAAGAGGUCAAUAUGAAGAAAAAUGCUAGGAAACUUUUAAAACCUCGGAUGUCUGUAAACACAGAUGAAAGAAGCAGUUUGGAAAAUACAAGGCACCCUAACAAGGACAGUCCUGUACAAGGGGAUACUGAAGGUGCAUCAUGUGAACUGUGUGGACAGACAAUAACUGAAGAAGACCUGUCAUCUCAUUAUUUAUCAAAACACAUAGAAAAUAUCUGUGCUUGUGGUAAAUGUGGUCAAAUACUAGUCAAAGGUAGGCAACUUCAAGAACAUGCACAAAGAUGUGGAGAACCCCAAGAUUUGACUGUGAAUGGUUUAGGAAACAGUGAAGAAAAAAUGGACAUGGAAGAGAACACUGAUGAGCAAUCUGAAAUAAGAGAUAUGUUUGUUGAGAUGUUAGAUGAUUUCAGGGACAAUCAUUUCCAAAUAAAUAGUCUCCCCCAAAAGCAAUUAUAUAAACAUUCUGCGUGUCCUUUUCGAUGUCCUAAUUGUGGUCAGCGUUUUGAAAAUGAAAAUCUUGUGGUUGAGCAUAUGUCCAGCUGCCUAGACCAAGAUAUGUUUAAGAAUGCCAUGAUAGAAGAGAAUGAAAGAGAUCAUAGAAGAAAACAUUUCUGCAAUCUUUGUGGAAAGGGAUUUUAUCAGCGUUGUCACUUAAGGGAACACUAUACAGUCCAUACCAAGGAAAAACAAUUCGUUUGUCAAACAUGUGGAAAGCAGUUUUUAAGAGAACGUCAGUUGCGACUACAUAAUGAUAUGCACAAAGGCAUGGCCAGGUAUGUCUGUUCCAUUUGCGAUCAAGGAAACUUCCGAAAACAUGACCAUGUACGGCAUAUGAUUUCUCAUUUGUCUUCUGGGGAGACUAUAUGCCAGGUCUGCUUUCAGAUAUUUCCAAAUAAUGAACAGUUGGAGCAGCACAUGGAUGUUCAUCUAUAUACAUGUGGAAUAUGUGGAGCAAAGUUUAAUUUGCGAAAAGAUAUGAGAUCUCAUUAUAAUGCCAAGCAUUUGAAAAGAACAUAAGUGAUUCCUACUGUGAGAGUAUUAACUUGACAGCAAACAAAACACCAAAGCAAGGAAUAUGAUAUAUUAGAAUUUGAUUUUAUAAAAUGAAUUGUUGGAAAAAGCAUAUUUUAUGACCUUUUUACCUUUUAAUAUCUUUGUUUAGGAUUAUUAAGUAUAUACAUGUUUCUUGUUUUUACUGUUAUUUUUACUAAUAGAAUUUUUAUGUUUUUAGUUUUGCCUUAGCUAUGAUUAAAAUUACUUUUAAAUGUAGACUAAAAGCACAAUGUUAUCCCUUCAAUGACUUAUUAAACUCAUAGUUCUGUAUCAAUAAGAUGAUGAUUUCACUAUUUUCCAUGUGUUUUUCCUUAAAAGUUAACCUUGUGAAGUUUUAAACACAUCAGUAGACAUCCGUGACUUUUUUUUUUAAUUUAAAAACGGAAAUCAAUUCUGAGAGACUAGUCACUUUACUUGUAACUGUUCUGUCAAUACAGCAGUGACUUAACCAUUGUUAUUAUUCUUAUCAUUAAUGAAGUCCAGAUUCUGAAGUUGAUAAGGAUAUUAGGUAGAUUGGUUGAGCUUAAAUCUAACCUUAUAAUUUACAUAGGCUAGAAACAUACACUGAAAAAGACCAAAAGAGGUGAAAAAAUAAAAAAAGGUGAAAAAUACCUGCAUGAAUUGAAUUUUAAAAGUAUAUUAAGUAAAGAAACAAAUACCUUUACUCCACUUAAGAAAUUAAUGGAGAUAAACCAACCAGUUCUAUGCUACAAAUUAAAAUAUUAUAUUGAUGUUAUAUCUUUUAAUAUUAAAAUUUAUUAAAUCAAAAUAUCCUAAAUUCCAUACUACUUUAACUUGAUUAUUUAUUGCUUAUAAGUGGAUUUUAAUAACAUUAUCACCUAAUUAGCCAAAGGAAGAUGAUUUUUUGUCUUUAAAAUUACAUAGUUUUGAAACUGAUUUUUAAAAAAUUUUAGCUAAACCACUGUAUAGUAAUAAAACUAAUAAAAAUAAAUCAGUUCUAAAUAUGGUUAUUCUAUAAAAGCACAAGGCUUGAAGAGCAAAUAUUAUUGUGUUUAUGUGUUAUCUAAACUUUGCAGAAAACAUGGGGCAAAUACUAGUUUUUAAUCAUGCUCUUUCCCUGUCACGGGCUUGUACAAUUUUUGACAAUGCCAAAUAUAUGCAUAUGUAUACA